CGGCUGGGAACUGCGAGCGGCGGCUGGGAACUGCGAGCCGGAGCGCAACGAUUCGAGUCCGGAACAAACCCCCCUCCUCCUCUUCCUCCUCUCCGCCGAAGCAAGACAACGUCUUAGGUCCGGCCUCGCUCCCGCGCCGAGUCCCGGUCAAAUCUCGCCAUGAGUAACGUGACCUCAGAGAGCGCUUUUCUGUCCGCUUUGCAGCCCAGCAACUCGGUGACCACCUACGGUCUCCCGUCGGAGAUACAGAUUAGCAAUGGAGGCUCCGGGUCGGACGAGGCCAGAACCCGGAGAGUCCAGCAGCAGGUCCAGAUGCGGCUGGCCGAGAAGAGCACGCUACCGCGUCAGAACGGCGUGGCCGGACAUUACGCCGCGUCAGAACAUGGUGGCUCUUCAACAAUGAAAUACCAGACCUUCAGCCCAGGAUUUACCUCCAAGUCUUCCUACAUGUACACAACCUCCAGACCAGUCAUGGCUUCACGCAUGUCCCAGUACACUGGCAGCUUGCCUAAAACCUUCACCUCCCGGUCUGCUGUGGACCUGAGCCAGCUCCAAAGGAUCAGCGUUGGGGGCGGAGGUGGUGGAGGUGGCAGCAUAUACCAACAUGAAGACGCGCACUUAGGAGGCUACCAGGGGACCACUAGGCAGCAGGUCUCUAUGAGCCGGUUCGACCCCGAUAUCAUCUCCCUGCAGUCCAUGCGCCAGCAGCCAGCCCAGAUGAAUGCCUGGAUGGUAGAUGGUAGCGAUGCCGUCAGCAUGGUCUCUGACCGGGAUGCCACCUAUAGCCGUCAGUUUAACCAAAGCACAAUGAACGGCUAUAGCUCCAGCAGUCAAAUGAGGCAGGGAGGUGGGGGAAACAUGGGCUUCCAGUCUAUGCGACGCUCUCUCAGUGGCACCCUGGCCCGCAGUGGAGAAAUGGCAGGAGGCGAGGUAGACCUUGUUCAGGCACACUCCUACAAGGGUCCAGCCUACCGCACCAUCAGCAGGAUUAACAACCGAAACAGAAUAAGCAUGGGCUCCAUGUCCGGGACCGGCACCCUACAGCAGCAGACAGCGGCUGACACAGGGUUUAUCUUGAGUGGGCUGGCCUCUGGUUCCCAAGGGAAUCUGAUGAUGCAGCGUCCUGUCUCACGUGCUAUGUCAGUAAAGAGCGCGCAGAGUGUGGGCGGCCGCAUCGACAUCUUUGAUGGGCAGAUGGAUUCUGAGGGAAGCAUGGGAAACCUCAGCAGGAUUAACAGCCUGGACAUGCCCACGGCAGUGCAGUACCUCAGAGAGAGUGACCCGAACAUGCAGGUCCUGGGAGCUGCCUAUAUUCAACAUGAGUGUUACAACAACAGUGAUGCCAAGCAUGAGGUGCGUCGCUACAAGGGAAUCCCUGAGCUGGUAAAACUGUUCAACUGUGACAACCAGGAGGUGCAGCGCUAUGCCACCGGUGCCACACGCAACCUCAUCUAUGAGAACAUGGACAACAAGGUGGCUCUGAUCGAGGAAGGUGGCAUCCCGCAACUGACUGAGGCUCUGAAGGAGCCUGACGAUGAGCUCCGCAAGAACAUCACUGGUAUCCUGUGGAAUCUUUCAUCCAAAGACAGUCUCAAAGAAAAACUGGCCAGGGAAACCCUUCCUGAGCUCACCGAGAAGAUCCUCGUUCCUUUAUCCGGAAAUGGAGACACCGAAGAAAUCCAGCAAAGCCCCUCGGAGGCAGAAAUCUUCUACAAUACCACCGGCUGCCUCAGGAACCUGAGCUCCGUGAAUGAAAAAACCCGGCAGCAGAUGAGAGACACCAACGGGCUGGUCGAUUCCCUGAUAACCUACCUGAAGUGUGCCCUGGAGGGCAGCAAGGCUGAGGACAAGGGGGUGGAGAACGCUGUGUGCGUCCUGAGGAACCUCUCAUUCCAGCUGUACAGUGAGCUGCCACCAUCUGUCAUGUUUCGCCUGGAUGGGCCGACCAGAGCACAGAGCACAGGGAAGGGUGAAGCCAUUGGCUGCUUCACUCCUCAGAGCAAGAAAGCCAAGAACCGGAAAAACCAGGAUCUGUCCACCUUCUCUGAGGUGGCCCGGGUGCCAAAGGGGAUGGAGUGGCUGUGGCACCCCCAGAUAGUGGGGCUGUACAACCGCGUGCUGCACCAGUGCGAGAUCAAUUCCACCACCCGUGAGGCUGCUGCCGGGGCCCUGCAGAACAUCACUGCUGGAGAUAAGAGGUGGGCGUCGGUGCUAAGUCGGGUGGCUCUGGAGCAGGAGCACAUGCUGCCAGUGUUGAUGGAUCUCUUGCGUGCCAACAGUGACACGGAGCUACGCUCCCUUACUGGCUUCAUCAGGAACCUGUCCCGCCAUGCCAAGGAUAAAAAUGACAUGGCCACGAAGGUCAUUAACAAUAUACUGACAAAGCUGCCCAGUGACGGCUACCAGAAGGUGCCCUCCAGUGAGGUGGUGGUCAACAUCUGUGGUGUUCUCAAUAAUCUGGUGACCAGCAGCUCCAUCGCUGCCCGAGAGAUAACCUUCUUCGAUGGGAUUCCAAAACUGAUUGGCAUCAAGAACUCCCACGACAACAGCCCAGGAAAGGUGAAAGCGUCCAAGGCUGCAGGCACCGUCCUCUCCAACAUGUUCCAAUACAAGAAGCUUCACAACGACUACAAACAGAAAGGGUUUUCCAGAGCAGAUUUUGUGGAUAUGACCAUUUAAAAAAGGGAUCCAACAGGAGCCUGUAUUCACCUUUGCUACGUUCAUGGACAUAUAGGUGAUGGAGGACUAACCCAAUGAAAACUGCUUGCCUGCUUCCACUGCAUUUUGAAACGGGAUGGACGUCACUGCAGGAUAAGCAGUGGGUCAGUGAUGGACGCAGGAUGCAGAUGCAUGAACCCCAACCUUUUGAUACUCUGUUUUAAAACACUGUUUUGAUAAGGAAUCAGGGAAUCGUUAAUUUUCUAUUCUCUCUCUCUCUCACUUGCUCACUCUCUCUGAGCAAGUUGUUUGCCCUAUGCAGCUUUUCUCUCAUUCUUUGCGUCAUGUGGAAGCAGUCCCAGAGGAGAGGCAGAUAAAGUGGAGUCUCUGUGUCUCGCCUUUUCACUGUAGCUCAUUUUCAGCAUGAAUCCAGCCAUUGUGGUACUGAUAUCAUUCUCUGAGAAGUGAAGAAUGAUUUACUCCUGUUAAUUACAACCAAUCAUAGAAUGUUUUUCUUUCUUUUUUUCUUUCUUGUGUAAAUGGUGCCCCCUUGUUUCUCUCUGUAUUAAAGGUACAUAUAUAUAUGUACCUUAUUUUAGAUACACUGAUGAGCGAAAACAUUAUGACCCCUCACAGUUGAACCGAAUAAUGUUGAUCAUCUCCAAACAAGGGCACAUGUCAAGGUCUGGGUGGAUUAGAUGUUAAGCAAACAAUCAGUUCUCGUAGUCAACGUGUUGGAUGCAGGAGAAAUGGGCGGGAGUAAAGACCUGAGCGACUUUAGCAAGGGCCAAAUUGUUAUGGCCAGACGGCUGGGUCAAGGCAUCUCUGAAACGGUAAGGCUUGUGGGUGCUCCCGGUCAGCAAUGGUGGGUACCUACCGACAAUGGUUGAGGAGGGACAAACCACAAACUUGCGACGGUGUUUGGUGCCCAGUGGUCAUCGAUGUGCGAGGGCAACGAAGGCUAUCCCUUCAGGACGCCCCUUAGGGUUUCGGUCGCACAUGUUUGUUUAAAGCGUGGGGCGCUACCCCACAUGCAGUUCUAUGGUUCUCCGUUAUCUGGAGAUUUUGUGCCUUUCCAUUGUCAAGAUGCAUAGCUCAUCUGCAAAGCCACAACGUCCCCCAGUCCAUAACAUCAGUCUAUCGAUGAAUGCAGCUAGGACUACUGCUGCCCAUAGCAAUAGCAGGAUUUAUUACCGAGGUUUACUCCUCUAGAGCUGCGGUGUUCAGCUCUGUUGUCUCCUGACAGUAUUAACAGGAUUACCGCCAGGAGGGUGUGGCUCUUCACCAAGCACGGACACUCAUUCGUCACGGAGAGGCUAUAUUUUGCUCUUCACAUGAUGCUGGGGUGUAUGAAGACCAGUUUAGGACGCCACGAAAGGCCAUCUAGGAAAGAUACUACUCCUAUGUUUAACCCCUCCACCAUCAAAAAUGCCUACAAUGGUCACGUGACCAUCAGAACUGGACCUUGGAGCAGUGGAAGAAUGUCGCCCGGUCCAGUGAGUCCCGUUUUCUUUUAGAUCACGUGGACGGCCAUGUACAUGUGCGCCGUUUACCUGGGGAAGUGAUGGCACCGGGAUGCGGUGGGGGAAGAUGCCAGGCUGGUGGAGGCAGUGUGACGCUCAGGGCAAUGUUCUGCUGGAAACCAUGGGUCCAGCCAUUCAUGUGGAUGUCAAUUUGACACGUGCCAUCAACCUAAACACCGUUGCAGAGCAGGUGCACCCCUUCAUGGGAACGGUAUUCCCUGAUGGCAGUGGCCUCUUUCAGCAGGAUAAUGCCCCCUGCAACAAUGCACAUGGUUCAGGAAUGGUUUGAGGAACAUGAUGAAGUGUUCAAAGUGUUGCCCUGGCCUCCAAAUUCUCCAGGGGCCUCAUGUAUCAAUCGUUACUAUGGGAAGAUUUGUGCAUACACACCCAUGGGAUUUUUUAGCCCUGAAGUUUGUCUCAGAGAUCAGUGUAGAACCUGGGUAACCCCUGAAUUUAGACACCGAUUGGCUAACACUGGUGUCUUUGCAGGCCCGGGUGACUGCUCAUUGCAAGAGGUGGACAGUAGAUGUUAGGAGGAAGGAAUUACAAAUAACCAUCAUGCUUUGCUUCUGACUGUCAGACAAUCUUGAGGGCUAAAGAAAUCCCAUGGGUGUGUGCACACAAAUUUGCCUACAGUAACGAUUGGUGCAUGAGGCCCCAGAUCUCAAUCCGAUUGAGCACCUGUGGGAUGUGCUGGACCGACAAGUCCAAUCCACGGUGGCUCCACCUCGCAACUUAUGGGACUUAAAGGAUCUGCUGCUCAUGUUUUGGUGUCAGAUCCCAUAGGACAACUUCAGGGGUCUUGUAGAGUCCAUGCCAUGGCGGGUCGGUGCUGUUCUGGUAGCAUACAGCGGACCAACAGCAUAUUAGGCAGGUGAUCGUAAUGUUUUGGCUCAUCAGUGUAUAUGGUAUACAUUGUAUAUAGAUGGAAUAUAUGGAAUAGAUAUCUAUAUCUUGUUUAAGUUUGCAUAAAUAGGUAAAGGUAACGUGUCCUAUCUGGAACAUCUUCUUUGCUAUUCACGAGUGAGAGUCCAACAAUGAACGAAUGAAUGAAUGAUACACAAAUGGAUGGAGGUCUGGAAACAAGAGACUACUGACAUUUGGGUUUAGAAGUGUGACUCAAGGAUCUGGGGAUAAAGAUAAUCUAUCUCAUGCUGUACAAAGCCCACUUUUGUAAAUAGUUUGUGCUUCAGCAUUUGGAAAACCUUAUCUGAGGCAACUUAAAAUCUGUUUGGCAUAAAAAAAGUCUCCAUGUUGGACAUUUCAAACCAUUAUCCCAAACCCAGCUCUGUCAUCCAUGUCUUUUUCUUUUUCCAUAGCGAACACAAUUAUACCUGCUUCUCGGCUAACGUCUAAUUAAGUCACGAGCUGUUUCUCAGUGGUUUGGAAUGGGUGGGCUCCAAGGUCGUUGUCUUUCAUUUACUUUCGAAGCCGACUGUCUCCUACUUAUAAGCAUUGUUUUCGCAUUAUGUAAAUCAUGUAAAGAGAAAAAAACCUCCCGCAUCACCACCACUAUCAUCACCACCAUCAUCACCACCAUCAGUUUGUCAGGUCAAAAGCACACACACACAGUCCUUUCAACCAAUGAAAUAUUUACAGUUUUUUUUUUAAACGAGGUUUUAUAUUAAAACUGUAGUUUCAUACGAAGGCGUUUAUUUUUAUCCAGUUAUUACAAACCUGAGUGCACGUUCAACCCACAGUUUUGCGGCCCACGCGACCAUAAUUCAGUCUAUGCAAUUUGAAUUGGAGUCCAGAUUCGAUCAAGGCAUUGCGAGCAUAACUAUGGUUGCUUAGCUGCAGUGCAAGUUAUCACUGCGUGCCUCUGUAUGAUGUGUUGAAUUCUGGGCGAUGCCUCUGCGUUGUAUUCAGGCAUGUGAAUAUUGUUCAACUAAUAAAAUAAUGCCACUUUGUUGGAUGC